ACACCAAGGUGAUGACUGAUUGAAAGAGAAAAAAAAAAAAAAAAAAAAAAAAAAAAAAAAAAAAAAAAAAAAAAAAAAAGAGCAAAAAGAAAAAGGAGGAGAGAAGAAGAUCCAAAAGAAACCAACAUGGGGUCCAAAUUCAUUGAAGUAGCGACAUUGUUAAUGCUAGCUUUGGUCACAAAAACACAAGCAGUGUCUUUUGAUGUUAAAAGAUAUGGAGCAAAAGCCAACGGAAACACAGAUGAUGCCACGGCUAUUAACAAUGCAUGGAAGGACGCUUGUGCAGCUACCGAUCCGAGCACCGUGGUGAUCGGUGAAGGGACUUACAUGGCGGGUUCUUUAACGUUCCAGGGGCCCUGUAAGAAUCCGGUAACCGUUCAGGUCAAGGGCACUAUAAAAGCCCCGAAAGAUACCGCCAAGCUGAAGGGUCAAGACGGAUGGGUCGUUUUCCAAAAUGUCAAGGGAUUAACAGUUAAUGGGGGUGGAUCAUUUGAUGGCCAAGGAUCUGUUGCUUGGUCCAUAAAUGAUUGUGCAAAAACUGGACAAUGCAAUGCUCUCCCCAUCAACUUACGACUCACGGGGCUUGCCAAUUCCAAGUUCCAAGAUGUAACUUCAAUCGACAGCAAGCUCUUUCACAUGAACAUCAUAAACUGCAACAACUUGACUCUCCAGCACAUAACUAUCAAUGCACCGGAUCACAGCCUCAACACAGAUGGAAUCCACAUCGGCCGGUCCAAAGGGGUGAAUAUCACAGGCGCCGAUAUUAAAACCGGGGACGAUUGCGUAUCCCUUGGGGACGGAGCUCAGCAAAUCAAUGUCGAGAACGUGAAAUGCGGUCCUGGCCAUGGCAUCAGCGUGGGAAGCCUUGGGAAGUACCAGAACGAAGAGCCUGUUAUCGGGGUUACAGUUAGAAACUGCACCAUCACAAACACCAUGAACGGCGUUAGGAUCAAGACAUGGCCAGGUUCUCCCAACGGUAUUGCUUCCAAUCUUCACUUCGAAGAUAUUGUGAUGAACAAUGUUAGUACUCCUAUUCUUGUCGACCAAACUUACUGCCCCUAUGGCCAAUGCGAAGAGGCUCCAUCAAAGAUUAAGAUCAGCGAUAUUAGCUUCAAGAACAUCAGGGGCACUUCUGCAACUCAGCUUGCUGUGAGGAUAAUAUGUAGCAAAGGGAUACCGUGCAAGAACGUGGCCAUUAGCGAUGUCCACUUGACAUACAACGGGAAAGAAGGACCAGCAACGUCAGAAUGUGCAAACGUGCAACCGACCGUCACUGGUGUCCCGGCUUCGCUUGCUUGUGCCAAGUCUUUGCCUUCGUAAUCUUCCUUGUUCUUGAUGCGAGAAGAAUCCAGAAUAAUGGGUGCUUAAAUUAAAUAAAUGUCAAGAGAAAUCCAUAAUUUUUUUUUCUUUGUAUUUAUUUACUUUUGUUCGACCUAUGCACCCCCUCAUGCUUCCUUUGCAUGAUGAGAGACUGGUGAAUUAUAGUCUGUGAAGACGACAUUGGCCUCCUUUUCUACUAGGAUUGAUAUUCCAUGUAAAAAGAGAAAUUUAAAAAUUCCAUUAUUUUCUUUUUCAAUAAUUUAGCCAUUUAUUA